UGUGAUGAAUUGCCCAUCUGUGUUUUGUGUUCUGUCACUUGACUAAAAAUUCCUCAGUUCUAAAAGCAUUUUGUUUUCAAGACGAUGGCAGAUACUGCUCAGAGCGCUGCUGAUCACCGAGGGUAUGUUGAAUUCUCCGAUAAUUGCUUCCAACUGUAUAUUCGCAUGCUUUUCCAUGUUACAGCACCCUUUCGUGGAGCUAAGGUAUUUUGUCAAGCUUCGGUCACGACAAUCAGUUUUCUAUAAACGGUGUAAAAUUUUCUUUCGUUAAAUGAAUGAUAUAUGUUUUGCGUGGCCUAUAAAUCAUGGGAAUAAACUUGCAAAAAACUGGGUUUCUUGCAGCGAGUAACACACUGCUAAUAGAAUUCCACAACAAAAGCACGUUGAAAGGUGCUUACAGAAAAAUCUCCUCUCUCAUUAUUAGACGUUGUAAAGAUAGGAGAACUAAAUUUCAGCUACAUUAAAUAAAAGUUAUACAACAUGGCAAUAAUUUUAGGACAUUAAUCAGAAAGUGCUUAUGGUGACACUAGUGGUUCAUUGGUUUAUAUUCAUGCAUUUAAAAGACGAUGCAAUAUAUGAUUGUAUUAUUGCAGAUGAAACCAUACUUUCAAGUGAUUUAAUAAUGCAACUAAAUAGUUGAAAACAAUGCACCUCAAAAAGCUAGGCAUUAGUUAAAGUUCUUGAAUAUUUCCCAACUCUUUUUUGUCAGCUUUGUUUUUGUUUGUGUAAAAAGGAUCGAGAUUUUGAGAAAUCUUGUUCCUUUCUGAAAAAUGACUUCACACACAUGGUGUCAAUCACUAGUUAUGCAUCUUAUGCUAAUUUAGCUGUUGUAGUCAUGCAGAUCAAUGGCCAGAGCAGUGUUCUUAAUACAUCUCUUUAGUUCAGAUCUUUUAUUAUGUUUAAGUAACAUACAAAAAUAUGUAAGAAAAUUAAUUGAAAAAUGAUCUGACUAGAAAACCCAGGCCUUAUAAGCCUUUUGGUUUCUCUCGCCAGUUUAUCAUUUUUUGUAGUUAUUCCCAUUUUACUUUGGCAAAAUAAAUGAAGUGAACUGAAAAGAUGUUCUAAAAAGUUUAACCAAAUACAGUCGACUCUCUCUUAACGGACACCUCUACAAGACGGACACCUCUGUAAAACGGACACCUAGAGUUGGUCCCUGCCUUAGUUUAUUCCCUUUAUUUGACUCUUUAUAAGACGGACAUCUCUCUAAGACGGACACUUAGUCCCGGUCCCAAAGUUGUCCGUCUUGGAGAGAGUUGACUGUAACAGGCAUAGGGCACAGCCAGUCAUGUUAUCUGGUGACUGACAUGACUAGUUCAAAGUAUAACUCAUUUUCAUAUUUUUUCAAUUUGCUACUGAUUCUGUUGGGACAUUACCCAUUCUUGGCUGGUCAAGUGCUGAACCAGUGAAAGUGAUCAACAACUGAGGAAACAUUUAAUGCAUCUUGAGCAAACAAAAUGCACUUUCUUCCUUAGGACCAGUUAUUAAUAAUACCAGAAACUCAUAAGGGGUUGAAACGUGUAACUCGCGUUCAAUGCUCGUGAAUAUUCACUUUUACCAUAUUUGGAAACCUUAGUGGCAGAUAUUCAUUUUAAACAAAUGGCUGCCACUCGAUCACCAUGCAGAUGUUUUAAGACAAGAGUUCUGCAUUUCAAGAUUAAAAAUACACCGUUAAAAGACAAAAAAUGGAAAGAGAAAGUUCAAAAGAAUGCUCAGCUUUCUUUUUGUGGCGGAAGGGAAGCUUUUCAUCAAGAAAUUGUCCUUUGAGGAAUUCAACCCUGUUUUCUUCACGACAGCACACAUGGUCUGUUUUGAAAUGCAACCAAGGCAGUGAAGUUUUUGCUGAAUUUUAAGGUACAUUUUGCACUCUAUGGCCAAGACGAUUGUGUUUUUGAAAAGGAAUUUAUGUACUUUUAAAUGUUUCAUAGACGUUUUAUAAAUUUUUCUCUUCGGCGCUAAGGAAAAAUUACAAAAUGUGCCCCUAUUUGAGAUGGAUUUUGUGUUGAAUUUUGCCAUGUGCUCAGCCGAUUUCACUUGUGUGAACGGAUCCACGAUCCAGAUAGUGUUUUCCGAAUUGCUCUAAAAGAUUAACAUUUUGGAUUUGAAUAAAAAUUUUCCAGAAACGGCUUCUCUGUCUAUUGUUUUGAGUUUGUUCAUUCAUAAAAUUAGCUCAUAACACGAUCGUGACUACAACAUCCAAGCUGAAUUUAAGCUUAAAUGCUUCUCACAUUCAUUACACGCAUCACUUUUUACGAAGAUGUCAGGUUUAGGAUUUGGACACUUUUCAAUAUGCAGCUAAUGAAUGUUAUUCGAAAAUAUUUUUUACUGUUUAUUCUAGACUUUUAAUAUAAGUUAAAAGCCUAUUUGCCGUAUAAGUUUACUGUGCAGAGGGUCAACGAGGCAUCGUUGUUUGAAGUGAGAACUUCAAGAAGUUUCGUGGACGUCAGUGGGUUUCAUAAUGUUAUGUUUGGCCCGGGUGGUGAGGCAAUAAUAUCAGGCUCAGUGUUUUGGUAAGAUUCCUGGUUUCAACCUUUGAAAGCUUUCUCGGCUUUCGGGAGUUUUUCCCCCGUUUGUCGGCCAUUUUUUCAAGCGGGCGCGGGAACCUGAAGUAAAAUUACGUCACGUUGUUUACAAAGUUUGAUUGGUCAGUCAUCUCUUCUUCUCGUUCCAAAUAUGGUACUUUUGAAAAUGAAUAAUCACGAGCAUCGGACAAAGCAAACAUAUGAGAGUUACACGUUUCAACCUCUUAUGAGUUUCUGAUAAUACUUAAUGUGCUCAUUGUAAAUGCUUCUAUGGUUGAAGCAUCCUUCUAUGGUGUAGACUGUAAACACACCCUCUGAAUUUUUAAUGUUGAGUCAUCGGCUGUGUCCACAUUUAGCAAGCUAUCAGGGUUAUUUUUUGAAUAACCUGGUCAAAAACUCUACAAAGCAUUAGAGCAAAAGAGUGUAACUGAAUUAAGUUUUAUUAUUAACAGCCAGACACAAUUUAGACUUUACCAAAGUCCUUUCAAAGUCACACAGUUUUGUUUUGCACCCAUGUUCAACAUUUUAAGAGUAACUGGCCUGAUAAAUCGUGAAGGCAUGGUUAACGGUGGUCUACUCUGUGAGAGCGGUUUCCGAAGGUCAGUGCUUAGGUUACCUGGUCCCUGGUUUCUUCACCGUCAUGGCUGUCGUGUUGCUUACAUUAAACAAGAAACUUAAGUUCGGAUCUCUCUUCACCCAAGUGUAUAGUGAGUACGAUGAUCAUAAUGCUGGCUUGGGACUGAAAACCUUGCGAUGUUCCAACAUCCUGUUCAUGGAGUUGUAGCAUAAAAUUAAGCUAUGUGAUGGACAACCUCAUUCUCAGGUCUCCCAGGAAUUGUGCGGGGUUGCGUAAAUGAAGUGUAACACGACGUGCGCUUAAGUAACAUACAAAAAUAUGUAAGAAAAUUAAUUGAAAAAUGAUCUGACUAGAAAACCCAGGCCUUAUAAGCCUUUUGGUUUCUCUCGCCAGUUUAUCAUUUUUGUAUUUAUUCCCAUUUUACUUUGGCAAAAUAAAUGAAGUGAACUGAAAAGAUGUUCUAAAAAGUUUAACCAAAUACAGUCGACUCUCUCUUAACGGACACCUCUGUAAAACGGACACCUAGAAUUGGUCCCUGCCUUAGUUUAUUCCCUUUAUUUGACUCUUUAUAAGAGGGACAUCUCUCUAAGACGGACACUUAGUGCCGGUCCCAAAGGUGUCCGUCUUGGAGAGAGUUGACUGUAACAGGCAUUGGGCACAGCCAGUCAUGUUAUCUGGUGACUGACAUGACUAGUUCAAAGUAGAACUCAUUUUCAUAUUUUUUCAAUUUGCUUCUGAUUCUGUUGGGACAUUACCCAUUCUUGGCUGGUCAAAUGUUGAACCAGUAUAAGUGAUCACCAACUGAGGAAAUAUUCAAUGCAUCUUGAGCAAACAAAAUGCAUUGUCUUCCUUAGGACCAGUUAUUAAUAAUACCUAAUGUGCUCAUUGUAAAUGCUUCUAUGAUUGAAGCAUCCUUCUAUGGUGUAGACUGUAAACACACCCUCUGAAUUUUUAAUGUUGAGUCAUCGGCUGUGUCCGCAUUUAGCAAGCUAUUAGGGUUAUUUUUUGAAUAACCCGGUCAAAAACUCUACAAAGCAUUAGAGCAAAAGAGUUUAACUGAAUUAAGUUUUAUUAUUAGCAGCCAGACACAAUUUAGACUUUACCAAAGUCCUUUCAAAGUCACACAGUUUUGUUUUGCACUAUUUUGUUGCUUGCUUGGGGUGCUCAUAACACUGCUUGCCAUAGAGUUACUGACAAAAUUUUACCACACAGUACUGAUAAAGGAGGCCCACUGUGUAUAAGUCUAGACUCAAUAAGUGUUGUGAAAGAAAAGUUGAACUGGACACGAAAGAAGUAAUUUUAGAAACUGCCUUGCUUUAGCCAGGGGCCCAAAGUUUAGAUUUGCACAAUUCUCGUGUGUAGGCAGAGAUGAUCGAUUGGUUACUAACGUUAACCUGCAUUCUUCAUAUCAUACAAUAGCUGAAUUGAUUAAACAAUAAUGAUACCAUCAACUGACAUGAUACAACUCCAGGCCUGUCAACCCCGCAUGUCUUCAAAUAUUGAGAAUUAAUGGGGAGUGGGUGAUAGAUGAUGUCAUAAUGCAGGGCACAUGAUGUCAUAUUUUGGAAAAAAAACAUGGGAAAAUAAUGUUUUAGUUGUAACAUUUGAUCACCUAAUUGGUUUACCUCCCACCAAUCACAUUAUUGCUUAUAUUACAAUGGCAUACCGGAGUUUGUGAGGAAACUUUCAAUGUUAACAGGAAAAUAGCUCAAACAAUGUAAAAUAUUUGAAAUUUUAUUGUCAGAGAGUCGAAUCUACAAGAAAUGGCAAACUUUGGCGAUUAUCUGGGAUAUGUCAGACUCUAAUCUGGAGACAGGGAGAAACAGUUUAAAAUCUGGAGUCUCCCGGAUUAUCCGGGAGAGUUGACAGCCCUCAACUCUCUUUGACUCUGAAGGUGACUACCACACAGGCUGUCAAAACGUCAGUCACUGUCAAAAGCCCUGCCAGGGGGGAUCCCAUGUCGCUCGUCUGUAUUUUAAAAUGUCUCUUGUCGGUGUUUAUAGAUGCUUUGAGUCGCUGUUGGAAAUUGAUGAAAAUUCUUUGUCUUUGUUGGAAUUUUAAAAAAGUGGGUAGUGAUGUGUUGUAAAGAAACCAUUGCACAUUGAACACAUCUACAUCACCAAUCACAAUUAUGUGACCCAUGUUCAACAUUUUAAGAGUAACUGACCUGAUAAAUCGUGAAGGCAUGGUUAACGGUGGUCUACUCUGUGAGAGCCGUUUCCGAAGGUCAGUGGUUAGGUUACCUGGUCCCUGGUUUCUUCACCGUCGUGGCUGUCGUGUUGCUUACAUUAAACAAGAAACUUAAGUUCGGAUCACAUUGUCUCUCUUCACCCAAGUGUAUAGUGAGUAGGAUGAUCAUACUGCUGGCUUGGGACUGAAAGCCUUGCGAUGUUCCAACAUCCUGUUCAUGGAGUUGUAGCAUAAAAUUAAGCUAUGUGAUGGACAACCUCAUUCUCAGGUCUCCCAGGAAUUGUGCGGGGUUGCGUAAAUGAAGUGUAACACGACGUGCGCUUGGGGGGGUGGGGGGGGGGGGGUACUUGGAUUAAUUUUUGCUGGGUAUGUGUCGCUGGCCUCUCAGAGCCCCUACCCCUUUAUAGUCUAUUCUGUGGCCAAUUAUAGACACCAUCUUAGUCACUUUUGGGCAAAUGUGUAAUUUUUGUGACCCCAACUUAGUCACUCUCUACCUUAUGUAUGUACCUUAUAUUACAAACAUUCUUUUAUGUUUGCUAACCGUAAAUAUGAAGAACUCUCUUACCCCAAAAAUCAGAAAAUGUGAGACCCCAUUCUAGUAACUCUAUUGAAAAUGCCACCCCAUUAUAGUCAGUCCCGUCAUGAAAUGCGACCCCAUCCAGUGGCACAUCUCCAUUAGCCUCUUAUGAGGAAGUACCCCAGGGACAAGAGACAUUCUUUGAAGCACAAGGGGUGAAAAUUACUUCUUCUUGGCAUUCAGACUGGUGUUAAAAUAGCCAAACCACCUUUUUUGUCGCUUAUUCUCGGCUUUGCUGUCACUGUCACAAUUUGGCCAACGGAGGGACUCUUGUCGCCAUUUCAUUUUACACUCUGUUGCUACUUUUUGGGUCACAUCACUUGUCAGAAUUUAGCUUGGCAGGGCUGUCUGUCAACAACAGUCCUAUUCAUGACUACUUUACCUGGAUGAUCAUGCUCAACCUACUCAUAAAAUGACUCCUGCCAGGUUCAAACCUUUCAGGUUUGAACCUGGCCGGAGUCAUUUCAUAAGUAGGUUGAACAUGAUUGUCUGGGUGAACAUUAUGUUCUUAUGCAAAGAUUGGACUGUAUUGAAAUCUAUUAUAUUUUCUUCCAACUGAAUUUCAGACUGAAACUUAAAAGUAUAAUCCAGAAGCUAUCUGAACAUUGUGACAUAAAGAAUCCUGAAGACCUGGAAACUGUUGUGAGUAAAUAUUAAAGCAGACUGCCAUGAGUACACCAAAAUGAGUGAAACAUAGAAAUGCACUGUAACCACUUAGGCCCUGUUUAGAUGCUAUAGUAUAUAUGGGCCGACUCAAAUUUGAAUUUAGGCAGACCCAAAUUACUAUAGGCAGAUUGAGAUGCCAAUCUUUAUUGCUGCUGAACUAAAUUCAAAAGGAGACAAAUAAAAAUGCAUUAAAAAUGUAUUGUAAAAAUUCAUACAUUUAGUUUGGGUCAUAUGAACUCUGGGGUCUAAAUCAAUGCUGCCAUUGUUCUUGGCUGAGACAAGGGUUAUUAUUGCCCUCCUUAAAUAGCUCUGCUUUGUAAUUUACAUGUAGCAAUGUAUUUGCUAUGUAAGUGUUUAUGUUUGCAUUUUUUUUAUUUCUGCUUGUUUUCGUUGUAAUAAGCAGCAAAAUCUUUUUUCUUCAUUUUUUUUUGCCUUAAUGUUGUUUUUGUUUGAGUCAUGUUUUUUUCCUUAGACUGAAUAAAAAAAUUGCAAAAAACCAAUCAUAGUAGAAGGCUUGGAAUUUUUUUGUUAUUAGUGUAAAGACAAAUGUACAGCUAUUCAAAGAAAAAUAAAUGAUUAAAUGAAACAUAUGCUUAGCUUAUUUCCAUUAGUACUUAAUUUACCAAAAUAUAAUCACCUGGUCAAGACUAUAUAUAAAUUAUAAUAAUUUUUUAUUAUUUACAAAAAUGUUUCUUUAUUUUGGCUUGAUUUUAGGAUGACAAAGAGACAAUGCUACAAAAGAAGCGUGGGAGUAAGAGGUAACUAACACAAACAGUUCCCAUAAAGUAUUCUUUAUUGCCAUGUACAUGUAGGUUUAAAUUCAUACCAGCUUGGAUGUAAAUUUAAUAUUAAAUAUGACCAAAACCUCAACAAUCUACAAAGUUUAACUUUUUUUGACAGCCUUAUUGUUGCCAAGGAGAAAAUACAAUUUUAUAGUGUAAUAAUAAGACAUUUUAUCGUCAAGUUCUUGCCAGUGUCAGUGGUUUUUAGCGAGAACUUUACUUAAAUUACAUGCUAUGUCAGGGUUUUCAUUAAGAAUUGUGGUAGCAGGAGAAAUGUGUAACGUUGUGUGAAUAAAACUAGUCGUAGGCUACUGAAUGUUAGCUGGAGAAUUUUGGGUAGUGAAUGGCGAAUUUUCCGAUCUCCGAUGCCUAAUUAAUGCCUAAUGCCUAAUGCCUAAUGCCUAUAUCUGUAAAUGCCCAUAUAACUGCAGCUAUCAUGAUCAACAAAGUUAUUGAGACACACCCACACUUUUCUUAAUAUGGAACACAGCUUAAUGCAUUACACAGUAUUAUACCUUCCACCAUUACAAUAUUGUGUUUACCAUGAUCCAAACAAAUUUUGGCCAGCAUUAUCAUAGACCUCUUUCAUAAUGGUGGUAUACCUAUUAUUAUUUUCUGUUAUAUGUAGGAUAAUAAAUUAGCCUUUCUGACCUCAUUGGAAAGCAAGAAUUCUUUUGUCUUUUGCACUUGCUAACGAGGUCAGAAAGGCAAUUAAUAUUAUUAAAAUCAUUAUGAAAGAGGUCUAUAAGGUGGUACCUAAUGGUGAAGAUAUUUAAAAAGAAACACUUUUUGUAAGUAUUUCAAGACUUUUUGCUAAUGAUGGAAAUUAAUUGCUUUUACUGCACUUAAUGUGGGUCCUCAUGUGUUUUUUUACGGAAAGUUCUUAAAUGAAUAUACUUUUUCUUAUAUAAUAGGUAAUGAAAUACCAGGUAAUGAGCUUUUUCGCAAAAACAUGAUAUCUUUGCACAUGAAGCGACGUGUUAUCUUCACACGUGAAAGUAUUACCGUUGCUAUGGCUACAUGAUAAAAUGCACCUUUUACAGCAAAAAAAGAAGUAUUUAAGUGAAAGGUUAUGUUCUGUAUACAUGUAUUAGAUAGAACAUUACGUAGCCAGCUGGAGAUAUGAAAUUUCUCAUCUCUGCACAUCCAUGUAAUAUCCUCUGAGUAUUAUAAUGCAGUUAAAUGCAAUUUAACAGAGUUAACAACAAGGAGUGCCUGUCGCGCCUAUGAUGGAGCUUCCUUCAUAGGCGAGACAUUUCUUGCUAUUAAUGUGACUGCAUGAUGCAGUUAAGCCUAAAUAUGUUGCUUGUGAUGGACUUUGUGAGUGUAUGAUGGGGUUCACAAGUCUAAUCCACAAAAAAAAUAACCAUUGCUUGCCAGGUUAGAGCAUCCUAUCUAGAACACGGAGGGUUGGGGGUUUGAAUUCCAUCUGGGGCUCAGAUUUUUUUGUGUCCUCUUAUGGUUGAUUCUUUAUAUCUCCCUUUGUUUUCUCUCAUGGAAUAGUCCACAGAAUAACGGCCUAGUGAAGUUUGAGAUGUUUAGUUUGACGAUGCUAGUGUCCUGUUUUAUUUCUGUAGUAUUUUGAUCAAAUUAAAGGUGUAUUUUUGACUGUAAAAACAUGACCCACUUAAUACAGACAUCCUGUUAAUAUGGACACUAUCUAUGGCCCCUUUAGUAACAGUCCAUAUUUAAUGGGGUUUGACUGUAUUAUUGCUGACCAGUGCAACAUGUCGACAUCGCAGGCUUAGGUGUUGACUUAUCGAGGCUAAAUAAUUUUUUUAAGUUCUCCUAAACAAGUAACUAGUUUUCUAAUGAUUGCAGGCUCAAUUCCAAGUUGAUUUCUUUGCAAUGGUGACAAGUUUAUUGUUUGAUGUAAAAUAAAUCAUAAAUUUUUAAUGGGAGCUUUACCUUUAGCCUUGGCUAAAUCUAUAUGUUAUUCUCUGUGUAUAUUUUAUUAGUGUUGAUAUCAUUAUCGGUUAUUCUCUCGUAGAAAAAGACAGAUGACAAGUGAGACUGAUGUACUCGCAGUAAAUGCUUCACGACUCAAUUCUUCUACUAGCAAAAGUAACAGUGAAGUGGAGCGAAACUGCAAUAGCAGAGAAUCGAACAAACAAACAGAGGAUGCUAGUAAAGAACCAUUAGAGCUUCCACGUGAAAGAAUCAGUGCCCGGAUAAGAAGUUUAAAGUCAAAGAAGGUGGCCUAUGAAGAAGACUGGGUUGACCCUGAUCAAAUAAGACUUUCAGGGAAAAAAAUCCCUGUACAAUCACGUAAGGACAGUUCAGCCAAUGACAAUGCUAAGUCAGUCAAUCCAAAAAGAAAACGAAGAAAGAAGAAAACUGUUCAAAGUGUUGAAGAGUACGUUGAUGAGGCACCUGUGAUUCUAGUUGGUAAUUUAGUUGGUCUGAGGCAGUGUUGUCUAUGUGCUGUGAUGUUUGUAGAAAAAGAACAGUUGAUCAAUCAUAUGAAGGCUGUACAUCAUUUGGGUGAGUUUAAACCCAGCUGAACUUUGCUUUAUAGUGCUCCAGGAUCUUUUGAUUUAGGGGGAGGGGGCAAACCAUCAGAGGGUUUCAACUACUGUUUAGUGGUCCACCCAAGACACUACCAAGAUCCUGCAAGAACUAGACAACUGUGAAAAUUUGUGUUAAAAGAAGCCUGUCUGAGGUCAGAUAGCUGAAGAAAAAAAUUAAAGAAAAUAUCUUUGUGAACAAAUGACACCUCCAAGGGAUUGAUGUCAGGCUAGGGAAGGACUGACUCCAAACUGAAGGUUCAACUUCAUUCCCAGAAUCCAUUCCUUCCUUAGUGGUUCCUUAUGCAAAAUGCUUUCAGUUUAAAUUUUGUAGAAGUUGUGGUCGUUAGUUGGUUGAAAACCUUUUCUUUUGGGAACAAGGUGGGAAAUCCCGAGUGGGCAAGUUGAGUUCAUCCUUCCUGCUUAAUUAGCCAAUCAGAACAAAGGAUUCACUUCAUCUUGCCCGCUCACAGAUUAUUAUGAUAGUAGCCGUUAUAAUAAUCAACCGUGUUCCAAGGAGGAGGGAACCCUGUGAACCAGGUUUAUAUUAUAGAAUAGUAUACAAAGAAAGAUUGCAGUAGAUAAAAUUGCAUCAAUAUUUUUUGUUGUUGUCCCUCCUACUUUCUGUGUUUAUCCUUCCCUCUGCAUACCAUCCUUUUUUCUGGGAUGCCUUUUUCUCUUCUGAAUCCCUUUCCUGUCCUAAGGGCCUGUCGUAGGUACCUUGACUGGAGUUUCACUUAACUUCAUACUUUUGUUGUAGGUGACAAACUAAACGUUAAAAAGGAUCCCUUAGAAACACCGCAAAACAUGGAGAAAAUUCGAGGUAGGUUUAGUGAUUGCUGACACAUUCGAGAUCUGCAGUUUGGUGUACACUCUACAAAAACAACAACAAGAAAAAGACAAAUAACUCAUCUGUCUAGAAGACUAACUAUUAUGAAGAAAUUGAAUUAUAUAAACUAGAGGAAAGCUGAGAAUUUCUUUGGUGUCACACCUUCUAAACUGACUCCUUACUACCACUAUCGAUUUCUUUUUCUUUUGCAAAUGGGUAAUACGUAAAUCAAUGUGGCAGGUCAUAGCAGGUGCGAUUACGUGACAAGUGUCCCGGGGAAUGUGAUGGGUAUUCUAGCACCUAAAAAUAAAAGCAAUUUUCUCUGCUUACUACAUAAUCUUUGGACGAAAUCAGUGUCAUACAUGACAGAAUUUACCAUUAAAAAUCGCGUGAUUUUUACGAGGUCAAACAUUGAACUCCUUUCUUCACUGAUUAUUAUCUUGUCGUUAGGAUAGCCCAUAGCCUGUUCCAGGCUCUCAGAUAGUGGGGAAGACGCGAAAGCAAAAGGCACGCGAGAAGUUGGCGGGGCGGGAAAAAAGGAAAAAGGAAGGGAGCCGCCGCCCCUUCUCUCCCCAGUUUCCUCCCGUUUUAUUUUCGUGUUUCAGCAUGCCCGACUAUCUCGGAGCCUGGAACAGGCUAGAAAGCCCAGGAUAACCCGAACUUCUUAGGUUACAAUAGGAUUAAACUGUAACAUCUGUUUUGGUUGUUUCAGAUGAGAAGCCUCAUAGGUGUUCACAGUGUGAUUCAUCCUUCAGGAAAAGCAGUGGUCUCAAACAGCACGUUACAAGACAGCAUUCACAAAAUACACCACAGAAGACCAACCAAUCACAGGUCAACCAAGAUUCUAAUAAAAAAGGUGCUAACAAUGGUGACAGACCGUAUUCAUGCCAGGUAACGCAUAGACCAUGGCUAUAAACGUUCAGCCCCUUUCGCGUUUGCCCCGCAAGUUCGACCAAUCUAAAGCAGCCACAGAAUUUAGAGAGCUAAGAAAUGACGCGCGCAUAGUGUAUUUCUUGCUCUUUAGAUCUACUGCCGGGUAUGUUCAGAAUUCGCUGUGGGACGAACUUGAAAACCAGGUCGAACUAGAAAAGGCUGAAACCUCAAUACAUUUUUGGAAGUGUAUGACUCUUGUUGUUUUGAUUUGAUUUGUUGACGUAAACCUCUGUUAACUAAGAGUAAUCAUUUUCUCUCUCGCCCAGUUUCCUUUUCUGUCGUUUCUUCAUUUAAGCUACCGUAAAAUUCCGAAAAUAAGCCCCUCCCUGUAUAAUCCCCUCCAAAUAUAAGCCCCCCCAAACUCGUAACGCAAAAAAACCUCCGUUAAAUCGCCCCUUGAAAUAUAAGCCCCCCGUGGGCUUGUAAUUGGAAAUUGCCCUUAAAUACAAAGUAAAACAAAGCAAAAAAGGUAAAUUUCCCUCGAACUAUAAGGCUAGCCCAAAUCGAUUUUGCAACGCAAAUCUCCCUCCGUAGAUAAGCCCCCCCGAAUAUAAGCCCCUCAAAAAGGGCCUUUGAAAAAUAUAAGCCCCGGGGCAUAUUGUCGGAAUUGUACGGUAUAAAACUGAAUGGAGAAGUCUUCCAGCCCUUAAUACUAACACCUUUCCGGAGAAUUUUCGACCUCCUCUUCCGACCAUCGGAAAAAGUUGCACUACUACGUCUUGCAAUCCAAAGCCUUUCAGCGCCAAACUCUUCAAGUCCCGUUUUUGUAUCUGUCCGCAGCCUUUGUUCUUCAAAAAUAAUGAUGUUUUGUCGCUUUCUUCACUUUCCUGAAGUCUUCUUUUAGAGUCGGCCUCUGCAGAUGUUUUCCAGCUAGUCACCAUUCAACCCCAGUGCUUUGUGAGGUUGACCAACUUUGCCAGACCGUUAUGUUUUCGUUUCGACUCCAAUGGUCCGAGAGACUUUUCAAAGGCUUUAUAUCGCAACAUAGUGUAACUUUUCCCGAGUUGUCGCAGGUGGCGGUCGAAAAGAUGUAAUGCGUCGGUCAAAUCGAAGUUUCAACAUCUCCCCGGGCAUACCCCGACAUUUAACACCUUAACCUUCCCAGGGGGGAGGGAAUUUGAUACUCAUGUAGUUCUCCGGGGAUUGGGAACUUUGAUGCUUUUGGGCAAAUGGAAAAGAAACCGAAUUUAAAUUAAACCGCGGCGGGUUAGCACUAAUCGGCCUGGUCAACCACAGGCAGCCCAAGUUCAGUACGAGGGUUUCAUUAAUUCGUGUGGUAUCAUAUUGCAUAAUCCCCAAAAUGGCCAUCAGUAUAAAAGAUUGUAUGGAAAUUCAGGUAAUAGAUCCAAGAGGAUAAAUACUCGCUGUUAUGAAAGUCCCGAUAAUUUAACGGGCCCGGAAAGCUGUUGUGGUUUACAUGCAAGAUAGAGGUUUCAAUAGUUUAGCAUCUAACAUGAUAUAACUAUCAGUUAAUGAAACAAAAUGGAGUAGCUUGCUAGCCAGGACCUGCGCUGUUAUUCUUUAUAUUUCGAUUUGAAUAUUUGAUUUCGGGGCCGAAAAGUUACCGGGACUUUCGAGAAACCGACCCCAGGGAACCUAACGAGCUUUAAAUUUCUUCUUCUCGUAUUUGUACUCGAUCUUAUCCUUAUUUUUAAUAGCUAGCAAACCGUGGUUAGGUUAGCUUAGGAGGCAUCUCCCAGCUUGUACAAAAGGACACAGGAGGAACUUGGUCUGCCAUCAUAUUUUUUGUGUUACACAUGACUAUUCUAAUAUGGGACGGUUUGUUGUAGGUAUGUGGCAAAGCAUUCAAACGAAAACAUCAUUUACAAGAGCAUAGUUAUAUUCAUUCAGAUGACAAGCCUUACAAAUGUGACACUUGCAGCAAAACUUUCAAUCAGAGAAUAUGCCUUACAAAGCACCUUCCAUGCAGGGAACACGAAAAACAGCAGCGAAAACCAAGUUCCACCAACGCAAUUAACUCGGGGGUGGGGUCACCACAGAAACAAGCAACUGACAAGUGUAGUGACGUGAAAAUAUUAGCAGUAACUGGCACAGAAAAGGAAAGUGUAUGCAGUGUAGCCAAAGGAGCACUAUCCAAUCACAACUCGCAUCUAGACCAUACUAAAACAUCGCCGAUCCCAUGUGAGAUAAACGGAAAUGAGUGUGAUGAUAGUAAGAAACUUGUAGAGGAAGAGUCACAUGGAAAGCAUACAAAGUCAGUCUCGCUCUCUGUUACUUCCAGCGCAUCCACUACAACCGCAGUUAGAAAUGUCACGGAAACACCACGAGAAGGGACAGAAGAGAAUCAAAAUAUUGGAACAGCAAAAUGA